AUGCCAGAGCUAGGGAUUUGCCUUUCAGGGCUUGUUGGCUUCCUGUUAGUCUUAACAGCUGAUGCCAGAGUUGGAAACUCAUCUCAGUUAAGUUUCUGUACUGAGACAGAGCAGUGCCUGCUCUUCGAUCUGAUUUGUGACACUGACGAGUACGAAGUCCGUCACUAUGACUCUGUCAAAUGGGUUUCAACUGACGAAACACACUUUUCCAUGGAUAUAGCAACAAUGAAAGCAUUCAGACGACUGUUUGACUACAUCAAUGGUACCAACGAAAAUGGAAAUAAUAUUAAAAUGACAGCUCCUGUUCUUUUGAAAGUCUCUGACACCAAGUAUUUCUGGCAAAAGGGGACCUACACAAUGAGUUUCUUGCUGCCACUUGAACAUCAGAAAAAUCCCCCCAAACCUACUGAUGAUAAGGUGUACAUCAACAAGAUGCCAGAUAUGAACGUGUAUGUAAAGAGCUACGGAGGAUGGAUGAUGAGCUGGUUUGACCAAAAACAUGCGAGCGAUCUGUCCUCUGCCCUUAAUUCAGUGGGUGCAGAGUACAAAAAAGGCUUCCACUACGCUGCUGGAUAUAACAGUCCAAUGAAAAUCUUUAACAGGCACAAUGAGGUGUGGUACGUCGCUGAUGAUGAGCCGGUGUGUCCCAGCAGCGAGGAAUUGGAUUGAAUAUUAAAAGCCAUGGGCAAU